GGAGAUCAAACACUCAGUGGAGCUCAGUGAGGAAGAUGCAGACAGAGAGAUAGCAGAUGGUGUUCAGGUCUUCACCGCUCUGAAGGAGUCUGUUGAGAGAAGCCAGGCCGAGCUCAUCGACACGAUCAAAGAGAAGCAGAGAAAGACAGAGAAACAGGCUGAAGGCUUCAUCAAAGAGCUGGAACAGGAAAUCUGUGAGCUGAAGAAGAGAAGCACUGAGGUGGAGCAGCUCUCACGCUCUGAAGACCACCUCGACAUCCUCCAAAGCUUCAUUUCCCUGAACGCUGCUUUACCCACAAAGGACUGGACAGAAGUCAACGCUCAUCCACUCUAUGAGGGGACUGUGAGGAAAGCUUUGAACCAGCUGGAGGAGACGCUCAGUAAACAGAUGAAGAAGCUGUUUGAGGCCGAGCUGAAGAGAGUCCAGCAGUCUGCAGUGGAUGUGACACUUGAUCCUGAUACAGCUCAUCCCAAACUCAUCCUGUCUGAUGAUGGAAAACAAGUUAAACAUGGUGAUGUAAGGAAGAAUCUCCCAGACAAUCCAGAGAGAUUUGAUUAUUGUGUUAAUGUCUUAGCAAAGCAGAGUUUCUCUUCAGGAAGAUUUUACUACGAGGUUCAGGUUAAAGGGAAGACUGAGUGGACUUUAGGAGUGGUCAGAGAGUCGAUCAACAGGAAGGGAAUAAUCACACUGACUCCUCAGAAUGGUUACUGGACGAUAUGGUUGAGGAAUGAGAAUGAGUACACAGCUUGUGCUGACCCAUCAGUCCGUCUCUCUCUGAAGUCUCAGCCUGAGAAGGUGGGGGUGUUGGUGGAUUAUGAGGAGGGUCUGGUCUCCUUUUAUGACGUUGAUGCUGCAGCUCUUAUCUACUCCUUUACUGGCUGCUGCUUCACUGAGAAACUCUACCCAUUAUUUAACCCAUGUACUAAAGAUGGUGGUAAAAACUCUGCCCCUCUGAUCAUCUCUCCUGUCAAUCACACUGAGUAGAACAACCAGUGGAUUUUCAGCAGAAAGGUUCACUGCACUCAAUGUAAUGAAUGUACAUAUUUUUAGUGAUGUACGGUGUUUACAUCGUUAAUUUUUCAGCUUUUGAUCAAUGAGGGUUUUUCUCUUUCAUGUGUCACAUUAAUGACUACUUCAAGUCAUGGAAUUAUGACACUGAUGAAUAUAAUCUACUGUUGUGCAUUUUAUUCUAAUAACUGCAAUACCUGACUGUAAAGUCAUCAAAAACAAUGAACUCAAGAAUAUGAAGCAUCUGUUCGUUCCAUAAAUGUCUGCGUGCCAAAGUCAAAACCUUUUGUUGUUUGAAUAUAAGAAGUGUUGCAUACUAACACAAAUUACAGAAGAGCAGUUUAUGAAUAAGACAACUGCUUUUCUCUCUUUUUCCUGUUUAUCUAACAGGAGCAAAAUAAAGAUUAUAUU